AAAGUGCUGGGAUUACAGGCUUGAGCCACCGCGCCCGGCCCCAGGACAUGUUUUCUAAGCACUGUUGGCUGAAGGCAUCCAAAUGUCGGUCAGAAGCAUGUGGGGGCUGGUGCGGGGAUGUGUGUGACAUGGCUGAGGCUGGUCCGUGUUCUGAGCAGGCUCCUGGCACAGCUGGACAGUCGUAGGCCCCACAGGAAACCGGCCCUGCCCUUCUCUCGGAGGAAACCACGGCCGAGGGUGUUCCUGCAGGGCCAGGCUCAGGUGAGCCCAGCACAGCCACUGACCAGGCAGAACAGUGACCUCCAGGCCCUGCUGUCCAGAACCCCAGCAAAGAACCUGCCGUAGGGUGCUGCUGUCCAUGUCAAGGUGGGCCCAGGUGUGUCGCUUCCGCUGUGAUGGACUCUAGUCUCACUGUAUUUUCAAACGACCUCUCUGGCUGGCCAGAGCCACCGACAACUAAAUUAGGAAAGCCGGGCACCCUGCUGUUUAUAUUGGCCCCUGGGAGGAAGACAUUCCAUUCCCUGUGGGUUCUGCAGCUCAUCCAAGUGCUGGGGGGACUCCGAGGGAGGCCUGGUCUCACCCCGCACUGCUGGGCGGGCAGUGGUCACACAGGGCAGCCCAGACUCAGCCAGCGCAGCUCUGACCAGGGGCCUUUGCAGGCGGCUUUGAGGGGCGGGGCGGAUGGCCUAAGGGGCAGCACUGGCUCUGGCACGUGAGGACGCGUUCACUCAGCAGCACCGUGGAAGAGGGCGGGGCCACCUUCGCAGCAAGCGAAGCCCCCGAUCGCAGCACGCCUCAGGAGACGGCAGAGCCUUGUACGGGAGUCACCGAAAGUCCUGGGCCCCCCUCUCAGUUCAUGACUUGGGGGCGCUCCUGGCGUCCAUGCUGUUCCCCUUUGUGGGGACACCGAGGUCUGUGCGGGUCACCAUGGGGCUCCCAGAGCUGGGCCUCUGGGAAAGGCUCCCUGAGGUGGGGGCAUCUGAGCCGGGUUGUGAAGGAUGAGCAGGAGCUCGUCAGGGAGGCAGUGAGGCUGUUCCAGGCUGAAGGGCACAGCGAGGUUGGGUGUGGAGUGGGCAAGUGGGGUGGAGGCUGGAGCUGGCAGGAAAGGGCGUGGUGAGGAGGGAAAGGGGGUUGCGUAGUGAGUGAACCCAGCCUCCGAGGGGCACUGCCAGCAGUGGGUGAACCAAUUCUCUGUGGAGCGCUGUUCGCCACCCACGGGUCUGCUGCCAGCCUGCCCAGCUGUGCCCAGCACUGCUGUAGGCUCAGUAAAGUAGAGAUCAGAACCAACACAGGUCCUGCCCAUGGAGGGGCGCUGCUCUAGUGGGGAGCUGGGCAAAAACAGAGGUGACUUGUUUAAAAAUGCACUCAGAUCUUAGAAAAUUAUAGUGCUGUGACAGUAGUCACCCGGGACAUGCCAGCAGCAGCAGCCGUGGGCCGUGGACUCCUGGAAUCCCCCGGCCAAUGAAGCCCAGAGCGCAGAACAUGCUGAGCUGGGGGACUGCUCGUGCAGACCCCGGAAGAAGGAACCACCCGCAGGUUCAAGGAACCCAAAGACAGCAGCACCUCUGAGGCUACCUCGAGGGGCGGGGACCAGCGAGGGUGAGCGCAAUAGUGGGCAGUGGGCGCAGGACCUUGUGAUGAGAAGGGGCAGCCAGGGGGGAUGGCAGGACAGCAGGGAGCAGGGUAGUGGCCAGGCCAGACCCAGGGAGGAACUUGGUUAAUGAUGAUUGCAAAACACAAAGGCUCUGUGAAGGGGGCUGUGGAAUCCCCUCUCGCUCCCGCCCAAGGGUGUUGUCCUGAACUGCGGAUGCCUCCAACAGCCACAGGUCUAUGGCUGAGGCCACCUCAGGGAGGUGAGACUCACCCCAAAGGGGACUUUCUAGCUCUGGCCGAACCCCUAAUCCUCAGCCGACAAACCAGAAGAGCAUCCUGAUCUCUGAGUGUAAACGUGUUCCAGACAAUCACACUGCGGGGUGAAUGCCACUGUGACAGCUGAAGAACGGGAUGGGGUGGCCGAGUCCGUCCUCCACACCCACCUCUGCUUGCCGGCCAGGUCCUGAUGACACCCUGACCUCAUAAGCGGUCACAGACUCAGAUGUGCCGUGGAGCUAAACUGGAUUUUGAGUCACUGUGACUCUUAAGGAGGCUGUGAGGCAAGUCCAACCUACGAGGGUCCCACUGACACGGCCGCACCACCCAGGACAGGCGCUCGGCCUCAACAGGGGCUCCGAGUGUGGGGAGUGGUCCCGUCCCCAAGCUGCCCACCACCUGAGGUCAGGGCAAUGGGAGUUUAGAAGUCAGCAUGGAGCUCCAUUACUCUCUGCUUCCAAACUCGCCUCCCAUCAAGGCAGGAGGAUGAGCUGGUUUAAUUCCAGCUCUGUUUUUCAUCUUUCUAUUUGGAUCGUGGGGCUCAGAAGCCAUCAGCGAGGGGUGUGGGAAGGGGCAGAUGGACGUCACACGUGGCUGAGCCAGGUGGCCUUUAUUCAGAUGAUCAGAAUGUCCCCACCGCAAGCAGUCAGCAUGGCUGGUUCAGUCAUCCGAAUGACUCACCUGCAAAGUCAUUAAGACGACUGAAACGCCCAGCCAGCGGGGACAAAACGUAUGACAGGCUCUGUGGACAACGGCCUGAGAAGUUCAGCCUCGGGUGAAAGGAGCGCAGCCAUCCACGGGCGGCCCAGUCACAGCAGAGGGGACGUGCCCGGAGACGCCUGGCGGAAGGCAGCUGGAAGAGCAGAAAGACCUGCAGUGACAUCAUGUCUGUGGACGCCCAAGCCCUGAAGAAGAAGGUGGGCAAGCUGGCCUGUGACCCGGCCGCCCACUCCAUCCUCAGCAGCUUGCUGCUGUACGUCACGGGCCGCGCAGACCGGCCCUCGGCGACAGAGGCCGGGGAGAGCAGGCCCAGCCACCAGCCCCAGACCCAGGAGGCCACCCAGAGGCCCACGCGCUUCCAGCUCCUGCAGGCCAAGUUCCUGGGCACUGGCCGGGAGCGCUACCUCAAGAAGACCCGGGAGGUGGGCCGGCUGAUCUCCAAGGACAAGCAGGGGCCGGGUGGGGGCCUCGUGGGCGCCACCAUCAACAAGCUCCUGGAGAAGACCAAGGAGCCGGCCCCAAAGCCCUGCCCCAGCGAGAAGCCCCACUGGGGCCACCCGGCCGGGAAAAGCACCGUGAAAAACAUCCUGAAGAUGUUCUUGGCCGCCGAGGAGAAGGAGGCGAAGGAGAAAGAAGCGCGCGAGAAGCCCGCUGCAGAGCGGCCCAAAGUCUCCCGGGGCCUCUUGCCAAAGAUCAUGGGCAAGAGCUCAGUGCUGUCCAAGCUGCGGGAGAAGUUCGAGCAGAACAGCUGCCUGUGCUCGGAGGCCGGUGCGCUGAGGGUGCACACGCAGGAGCGGAAGAAGAGGAACCUGCAGAGGAAGAAGAUGCAUCGGCCGGAGGUGUGCGUGCUGCACACGGCCACCAUGGCCAGCACCUGCGUCAAGACGCCCCUUGCCCGCUUUCUGGCCUGCACGGCUGAGCCCCUGCCAGCCCUCAGCAUCGCCACCAUCGUCUGUGGCCCCAGGAGCUGGCUGUCCCACUGCACCAAAAUCAGCCACUCGGAGGUGAGGCGUCUGCCCAGAGGAGAAGCCAGCGUGCUCCCCAGUGCCAGGGAGACGGAGCCCAGUGGAAAUAAAGCAGCGGGAAAGGGCCCCCUGGAGGGAGAGCCCCAAAGACAGCCAAGGCCCUCGAAGCCCGUGACACCCCAGGUGAUGGCUCGGAGGGACAGCCAGGCUGUCCCCUCGCUGGCCCCCUUUUGUGCUCCCUGUACAGGCGAAGUCCUCCCUGGCCUUGUGCCUGCAUCGUCCCCACUGGGAUCGGCCAGCCCGUGGGGCACCAGAUCAGCCACAGGUGACGGGACGGCAGACCCCACGGCAGAGAGCACUGCAGGAGGCGUCCAGGAGGUGAGGGGAGCCAGACUCACGUGGUCUCCUGGGCCCCCGGGUGAGAGUGCAGGGGAAGGCCCUGAAAUCACCAUGACUGUUUGCAGUUCAGAGGACGAACGGGAAGGAGCAGGCUUCCCAGACCCAGGGAGAGACCCCCUCUUUGCCACCCAAAAGUAUUUCCCAGAACAGAAGGUGCCAGGCCACAUCCCACCCCUGAACACUCCAUCAGUCCAGGCUGCUCGGAGAACACAGCCUGGCACAGAGCCCCCACGGAUAACUGUCCAAAUCCCAGUUGUCCACGAAAUGCCAGCCCCUCCCACCAUGCUGCAAAAUACAGCAAGUUGUGAAAACAAACGUUCUCGUAUUUUUGGAGGAGGGAAUGUGGUUGAAAAUGCACACACAGAAUUUCCCACCGUGACUGAGAACAGAAAGGGUCACCAAGCCCCCGUGGAACUGAGCAAGCUUUCAGGGACCCAGGUGGGACUCGGCGUCUCUUCGCCGCAAGGGCCAGGGGCAGUUUGGGAUCCGGCAGCAGCAAGAGGGACUGCGGGUGCUGACCACAGUGUCCCAGAGAGAGUCCUGACACAGAGACUCCAGACAGAGAAGGAAAUCAAAGGCAGCUUUGAGAAUUCACACGGUCCCAGGAAUCCUGACGAUAUUUCAGGAGGGAGGACCUCUGAGCUCAGAGAUGAGAAGCAUCCGUUGCCAGAAUCUAAUGAAAUAUCAACGCAGAGCAAGGGCUCCGCAACAAGUUAUCCUGCAGCCUCACAAAACCUUCUGAGGGGAAACACCAGCCAUGCCUCCAGCAGCCAGCAAGUGCUAUCCCCGACCGGGAGAAAUCCAACAGGUGCUCCCACGUCGCUGGCGGCACCAUCCAAGGGGCAUAUGGGGCCUGAGGGUGUCACCGCGAUGGGCACGACCGUGCCCGACGUGCUGGAGGAAUGCAGAAGGCCACUGCUAACAGAGUCCGCUCAGCCCCUGAAGGCUGCCGAGGAAAUCACCAGCCAUGAGUUUCGCGAGAACCCACUGUCCUCAUUAAAUGAACGACCCAAACCAGGUGUGAACGCCUGUGGGGCGACAGCAGCUGCAGGGAGCGUUGUGAGCCAUGCCACGCCUGCACCAGUACCAGGCAGCACCCAGAGCUCUGGAGACCACAGAGUGGGAGAGCCAGAGACGCUGGGCCAGGAGGGAAGCAGAGCCUUGUCCAAAAGCCAUCCCAGAGGAGAGGCUCUCCCUCAAGACCCCCACAGCCACAGCCUCCUGGCCCCCGGGGGAUCCUCGGAGCCCAAGAGUAGAGCAGCAGGGAGGAGCCUCCUGAGAGGUGUGGCCCUCGCCCGGCACCCAGAGGACGCUGCGGCCCUCGCCCGGCACCCAGAGGCACCCCGAUUACACACUUCAAACACGUCGGCAGCCAGCAGACAUACGGCAGCCAUAGGAGGCAGAAAGGAUGUGGCUGUGGAAGGAAACCUUUUGGGUUUCAGCACAAAGUCUGGAAUUCCUGCUUCUGAUCAUCCUAGACCACAGGCAAAGAGUGUGGCAGAGUCCCUGAGCUAUGGCCCUGGCCUCCCACCGUCGCCUCCUGAGAACCCACGGGCAAAGGGCAGGGAGGGUGUCAUGUCUCCCAGUGGGGCAGAGCCUGACCAUCUGCUUCCCACGAUGCCUCCCAUGCAGGCGGACAUGGGGUGGGCAGGUGGCACCCACCAGCGGGACCCUCCCCAAGUACAGGCACACCUGCCCCCUACUGCUGGUGACACACAGGCAAAGCUCUGGGCCAGUGUCCCCAAGCCUAGGACCCAAGCAGGUGAAUCCCAGGGGCGUCCCCUGACACAGGUGGACCUGGGGAGGCAACCGAGUCACCAGGCGCAGGAGAAGACCCCCCCGCCCGGGGGUGCAGGGAAGAGGGUGGUGCCGUUGGGCCCGAAGGUUAUGCUGAACCCAGCAAAAGAGCCUCAGACACAGUGGGCACAAGAUCUGGCCGGGGACAAAGGGACGGCCAUUGGGGUUGGGGGUGCCUGCCAGCACAGUGACCAAGGUGAGCAGCAUCUGCAGGGACCCUGGGAGGAGCAGGAGAGAAGUACAGAGCAGGGGGAGGGCACCAGGGCUGCCAAGAACCCAGCUGUGCCUCCAGGGGACCCCAAGGGGCUGGGAAGCCUGGCGGCCCAGGGACAGGCCCAGAAAUGGGCUCAGGGGCAGGCCCAGGGACAGGCCCAGAAACAGGUUCAGAAACUGGCCCAGGGACAGGUUCAGGGACACGCUCAGGAACAAGCCCAGUGGCAGACUCAGAUAGAGGCCCAGAGACAGGCACAGGAACAGGCUCAGGGUGGGACCCAGGGACAGGUUCAGGGACAGGCCCAGAAACAGGCCCAGAAAUGGGCUCAGGGACACGUUCAGGGACAGGCCCAGAAACAGGUUCAGGAACAGGCUCAGGGACAGGCCCAGUGGCAGACCCAGACAGAGACCCAGAAACGGGCUCAGGAGCAGGCACAGAAAGGGGCUCAGGAAUGGGCACGGGAACAGGAUCGGGAGCAGACCCAGACAGAGGCUCAGGGACAGGCCCAGUGGCAGACCCAGACAGAGGCCCAGAAACAGGUUCAGGAACAGGCUCAGGGACAGGCCCAGUGGCAGACCCAGACAGAGACCCAGAAACGGGCUCAGGGGCAGGCCCAGAAAGGGGCUCAGCCACCGGCCCAGGAACAGGCUCAGGGCCAGACCCAGAUAGAGGCCCAGAAAGGGGCUCAGGAAUGGGCACGGGAACAGGGUCCAGAGCAGACCCAGACAGAGGCUCAGGGGCAGGCCCAGAAACGGGCUCAGGGGCAGGCUCGGGAACAGGGUCGGGAACAGGCUUUGAUAUGUGGGAUGGCAUCUCAGGCCUGGGAGCAGCCCAUUAGUGGCACAGCUGAGGGAGUGGAUGCUGCUGGCAGGAGUGGGGUGUCCGGAAGCCCAGCCACCAGGGAUGGUGGACAGUCCGGGGGCAGCAGCCUGGGGGAGCCCAGCACCCGGCACCCACCCCCAGGAAGCCGCCCCCUCAGGGGCAAGAGCGUUGCCACCUCUCCCCUGAGGCUGGGAAAGAGCCCGGCUGAGCCCAUGCCCGAGGCUGGCGGCUGCUGGACUCCCCAGGCCCCGGCCCAGAAGGGGCCCCCGGACCACCCCGGGGCUGAGAGGGUCCCGCAGGACACAACGAAGGCGUCGGAGCCUGAGCGUCACAGGAGGUCCACGCGCCUGGCCAAGUACAAAGCCCAGAGCUUCAGUGACCAGAGGGCCUUCGAUUUGUCCUUCAGACCAGUGAGCGUCAGGGCCAGCAACACGUCUGAGCUCCCGAAGUGAGGCCCGGAGUCCGCACCGUGGCUCGCCCAGCGCUGUGACAUCUGCCCAUCCAGGGCCUUCAGGCAUUUUCCUGCCUCCACAUGCAUCUUGGAGAAUCCCCUACCGAGACACCUGUUUCCAUAAUUCUCUCUCCCUUCUUCACAAGCUGACCUUGGGAGGACUGAGCUACACGAGGGUUGCGUCCCUGUCACCCCACAGAGCCACGAGGCCAUGGGGAUGGGAGGUGCAGGCCUGCGGCCUCACCAGGCCCUCGGGAUUCUUUGUGCCUUCACCCGAAGGCGCCGGCUCACCCCCGUCUCACAUACCCUGCAGUGUGGAGCUCACACCUCCCACAGUGGCACGGUGUGUGCACCCCCUCGACCUGCAGGACACUGGUGCUUUGGGACGCCUCCCCAGCUCUCACAGGGCUGCCUCCCACCGCUCCCUGUCCACGCCCCGCCAUGCCCUGCUCUGACGUGGCCGUGUAGCACCCACCCUCCAUGGGCCCAAAGUGACACACACGGCCCCACCCCGCAGGACUCGAAAGAAAGGACAGAGCUUCAGGCCGGGCGCGGUGGCUCACGCCUGUAAUCCCAGCACUUUGGGAGGCCGAGGCGGGUGGAUCGCGAGGUCUG